AUGGCGGAGGCCGUGGCGGAAUAUUUACGACAACAUAAAUCGAUUGGCAAUUCUCGCAGCAAUACGAUAGGAUUGAUCAUUGUGGUCUUGGUUGCCUGUGGUCUAACUGUACUAUAUGUCGAGGGUGUUCGUCAAUCUGUGUCGGAAGCUACUGGUAACGCAGCAGGUGGAUUGUUACACAGUAAAUCGUUCCGUGACCAGUCCCUGCGUUUUCUUAACCGUCUCUCUGAGGAUUACUUGAGUAGCAGCGAAACGGAGCAACUGCUUCAACGUAAAUUUGAAGAGCUCCUGUUGAAGUCAGAGGACAGUAUAAAUGAGGCAGUCAAGCGGGUACUACAGGAUGAAGCUGUUGUGGAUGUCGCUUUCAAUCUAAGUCGUGAUAUUGCAGGUCGUUUGUGCAACGAUCCAGAGGUGAUAGAGCAGGUGGGUCAGCUGCUCCUCGACGCAAUAUACACCGAUGUCGCUGUGAAUGGAGCAGCUAAUUGGUUUGUUGACCUGACUAAACGUGAUGACGUCAGGGAAUCCCUAGAGAGGUUGUUGUGUGACCAGGUGUUCUACAAUGCGAGGAUUCAACUUGAGGCACUUAAUUUCUGUAAGGAUGUGAGUUCAAGAUUUUUGCGCGAUGCUGAGACUAGACGUGAAUCACUCUCCUUCAUCAAAGCGCUGCUCGAAAGGCCAUCCUUUCAAGCUCAACUCUCGCAGGCACUCCUCGGCGUCGUCAAGCAUAGCGUAUACCCACGCUGGCUCACAACACAGGACGCACAAACACUUACUGCACUUCCUAAACAAUUAGACAAACAAUCGGAACAUGGGAAAGGGCUGGCAAGAAUGACGAAAGGAGCGUAUCACUCUUCUCAGCUUUUGACCUACGGGCCUUUAGCCAAGGUGCUCUAUCACAUUGUGGCUUUCAUGGAUGGAUACGAUCUCCAAACGUUAUCGGUGUGUAUGAGGGCUUUUGAAAUAACUCUGAACCUUUCACCAUCGUCCCUCUCUGUCAUGGCUACAGCAGAAACUGUUGCCUUGGUGGCGUGCUGUCCUAUUUGGGGAUACUUGGUUGAUCUUUACAAAUGUCGUUAUGUUCUGGCAUGUGCAAUGACGAUUGCCGGUGUAGCGUCGAUUUUACUUGGAUGCGCAUCCGAUUUCACUCUGCUCAUCCUACUUCGUAUCCUUCACGGAUGUGCCUUGGGUUGCACGCCUCCUGCAAUGCAGCAGCUCAUCACUGCCUCUACUAGUGAAGGUUCUCAUGGCACGGCAUUCGGAAUAUUGUAUGCCGUAUCAUGCUUCGGCCGUUUGAUAGCUGCCAUUGUUACCACGACCGUUGCAGGACUCCAAUUCCUGGGUUACCCGGGUUGGAGAACAUGCUACAUAGUUUUCGGUAUUCUGUGGAUAGCCAUGGCUUUUGUUGUUAUGUUCGUGAUGAAAUCUUCUGACGAGGAUGACGAGCAUGUCCCUGAAAAGAAAGAGCAUGGCAACAUAUUAGAGACUAUGCGUGCCAUCUUCAAGACCUGGACCUCCAGGCUAUUGCUUUUUGGCAUUUUCAUCUCUGAUGCACCGUUCUGUGCAUUUACAUACAUGAUUCUCUAUCUACAAUAUCUGGGUAUCUCUGAUUUCUCUGCCGGUGUUGCUUGUGCACUGACGCUACUUGGAGGACUAAUUGGUGGUGGUUUCGGUGGCUAUCUCGUCGACCGCUGCCACCAGGUAAGCGCCAAAUAUGGAAGGCUUAUAGCAGGAAAUGUGCUUAUGGUAAUCCGUCUUGUAGCGGCCCUCGCUCUUUUCCUGGGCCCCGCACCAGACGGCUCUCUGCAAUGGUACCAGAUUGUUGAGUUAAUGACCAUCGGUGCAUCUCUAAUGACGGUUAGCAGUAUUGACCGUCCCAUCAUGGCUGCCGUGGUUGAAAAGAAGUACCAAGCAUCUGCUACGGGUAUUAACCGUUGCAUUGCUGGUGUGGUGAGUAGUACCCUAUUCCUAUCACUUGCUGGAUACUUAACGGAAGCUGUAUUUGGUUACGUGCCGUCAUCUGAUCCCAUAGAGAAGAUGGAGAAGGCAAAGAGGCUCGCAAACAGUGAUGCGUUGGGCAAAUCUAUGAUGUACAUCAUAUGCAUAGGUACUCUGCUAAACCUCAUCUGCUACAUAGCAUUCUUCUUCACGUAUCCCAAGGAUUGCAUGGUCAACGCAGAGGUCGAAGAUUUGAAGACAGCAUCGACCGAGUGUUAG